UUUAUUAAACAUUUUAAUGCUGUUGGUAACUGUUAUUUUUUGUAUCUAAAUUGUAUUUUAUUUUAGUUUAAGUUAAAAUCCAUUACAUUUCUCGCUGCAUCACUCUAAUAAUAGCAAAUACAUACUUAAAAGAUUUAAAAUUGAAAUGUUCCAAAUUGUACGGUGUUUAAAACCUAUAGCAAGAAACCAAAUCCAGAUAAAAUAUAAAUUUUAUAAUGUCAUGCAAAUUCCAUCAUUUACCAGCAGGUCUUAUGCUAUCAAUAAAUUUUAUAAAACCACUUCAAUUAUUGAAAAUAAAGACUCUUAUGGAGUAUUACUUGAUAAUAGCAAAUUAAAAACACCAUUAGGUAAAGAGCUUAUAAUAAAUAAUAAAGCUUUGGCUCUUGCUGUUGCUGAAGAAUGGGAAAUGCAGAAAGAACAUAUAAAAACAGAUCCUAUGCACUUGACAAAGCUGUGUUUUUUGGCAGUCGACAAUCCUAGUGGUCUUUCAGAACAUGAAGUAGUACAACAAAUAUUGUCUUAUCUAGAGACUGAUACAGUCUUUUUUAUUUCUGAUGCCGAUCAUGAGCUAGAGAAAGUAUUGAUGGAAAAAUGGAUGCCACUAAUUCAGAGAUUUAAUGGAUAUUUUGACACCAAUUUAAAACCAUCCAAAGGUAUUUAUGUUGAAAGUCUUGAUGAAAAGACUAGGGMAUUAGUUGAAAAAUAUUUUUUAUCGCUUGGAUUCCCUGCACUUCAUGGUGUAUUACAUGCUGUUGAAACUUUAAAAUCAUUAGUGCUUACUUCAUGUUGUUUACAUCAAGAUAUUUCUGUAAAAGAUGCUGUUCUAUUGUCUAAGAUGGAAGAAGAAUACCAGUGUACAAAAUGGGGACGUGUGGAUUGGAUUAAAGAUUAUAUAGACAAUGACUCUGUAAUCAGAUUGUCAGCUGCUAUGCUAUUCAUUUACUAUACACUCAAUCCUAAAUACAAACCAUUAGCCAAACGGGAUAACUAUACUCAAAUACAACAGUCUUUAAAACAAUAACUAAUAAGUCAUGUAUAAUAAUUCAUUAAUAAAUAGAGCAUAUCCAUAUGAUUUUUUUAUG